CUUCAUUUAUCUUCGGGCCCAUCAGGCUCGCUUGAUAGUAAAAAAAUUUACCUGGUUGCCUUUACUGUCAUAGUGUCGCAAGUAAUGAGUGAUAAAGACAGAAUGAAAUUAUAUUAGGUGAAAAGAUAUUCUUUUUAAUUAAUUGUUAAAUUGCAAGAAUUGGGAAAUAACAAUAUGGCGUCUGCUUCCACUUCCUUCUCUAAACCACAGUAAAACACCGACACGCAGAUCAGUUAUAUUCUACCUCUAGGGUGGUAGCCGGUAACCUAUAAUCUCCUAUAAUACAUCAAUUACGAGAUAUUUAAAUUCUACACAUUAAUUCGAUCCUCGAUUGCGUCGUUGAUCGCCGAUUAUUACGCAAUUGUCACAAGAAACUUAAAAAACGCGCUAUGGUUGAGGAAUCAGAGCAGUUACCACCAAUAGAUGUGAAGGAGCCGUUGGACCUCAUAAAGCUAAGCCUGGAGGAGCGGAUUUAUGUAAAGAUGAGAAACGAGAGAGAACUCCGAGGAAAACUACAUGCUUUCGACCAACACUUGAACAUGGUGCUGGGUGAUGUGGAAGAGAUCAUAAACAUAGUGGAGAUCGACGAAGAAACAUACGAGGAGAUCUAUCGCCAGAAAAAGAGAACCAUCCAGAUGCUAUUUGUACGCGGCGACGGUGUCAUCCUGGUAUCUCCACCCACAUAAAAUCAGCUUGACAUUUGAU